CCUGAGCAGAUUGUUUACCCAGAGAGCUCUCACACAGGGAGCGCUCACAGGAGGUGCAAGGACAUGGGAGCUGAAAAAUAUGGGCCUUGCUUCUCAUCCCCCUGAGAGUGACCAGGGGGCGAGCUGCCCACGUGCGGACACCAUACAGGAAGCUUCUGACCUCACGAUUCAUGGGUCACCUUUUGAGCUGAGCAGACUGACGGGCGGCACUGAUGGAGCCCUGCUCAGAAGACGUGCUUCUCCGCAGGGCCUCCUGGCUCCUGGGGCUCGCCAGCCUCCUCCUCAGUGUCUGCAGCACUGGGGCCAAGAGUCCUGGAGCACAUGGUUCUGGAGCCCACGUUCCUCUGAAGAAGAUCCGAGGAGCUUCUGUGUUGUUUCAUGUGACAAAGGAGCCAGGAGCUAAGCUGGAGGAGGUCUCGUGGGGCUUUGGCCCUGAGUCAAACUACAGAGUCCUGCUGAAAGUCCGUCCUGGGACAGAUGCUCCAACCUGGAUCAGCCUCCAGGACAAGUACCAGCAGAGGGUCCAUGUGCCCAACAUGACGUCCCUGAAGAUUGAGAACCUGACAUCUGAGGACAGUGGGCAGUACCGGGCUCGCAUCAGCUUUGCUGGAGGAAUAGAACGUACCCAGGUUUUCCCCCUCAUUAUCUAUGAGCCCGUGCCCCUCCCACAGAUCUUGCCGGGGUCACCAUCCAUUGCAGCAGGCUGGUGCAAUGUCACCCUGGAGUGCAGGGCCUCAGAGGACACAGAGGACCUGAAUGUGACCUGGGAGAGCAGGGGCCUGGAACACAGAGUGACACCAGGACCAGCCCCCAACCCCUGGACCCUGGCUGUCAGCCUGCCCCUGAGCCAGCCUAGCCCCAGCCUCUCCUGUGUGGUCAGCAACCAGGUGGACCAGAAAACUGCCACGUUAGACCUUGGGGAAGUCUGUGCCCAUGAUUCACAUGGACAGGUCAGGGCUAACCUCCUGCCAGGCAUCCUAGGAGCCACUGUGGCUGUGCUGCUGAUCCUCGGAGGUGGACUGUGUCUUUGGAAGACACAAAAGAAGAAGGAGAAGAUGAAGACUAGAAAAGAAUUGCAGGAGGACCACAGGGACCAUGAUGGUGGCAUCGAGUAUGCAGAGCUGAGCCAGUCGGAAUCUCCAGAGGGCACAUGCAAGGUUAUGAGUGAACAACAUCUCGGAGAAAACGAGGCCCUCAAUACUGUCUACAGUGAGGUCCACAAGCCAGUGAGACGUAUCCUUGAUAACUGGGCUGGAUAUCCCUGUUAGCCUGACGAAAACAUCCUCUUCUCAAAGAAAGGCAACAUGGGAAACCACUAGGCUGCUUGGGGAGCCCUGAGUCAGGACAGGUGAACAGAUGCUGCUGGUCUGGAUUCCAAUGACCAUCUGGUCUAAGUCCUCCACCUCCAUGGUGGGAUGUACCUGCCCAGGACAUGAGGUUCUCCUGCCAGCUUGACUGAGCACUUCAUUUGUCUCUGUCACUCACCUCUCUUUAUGCCCCAUUUCUUGUUAACCAUCCUUUUGAUUGACAUAGUCUUUCUUUGGUCAUGUGCAUUUGUGAGAUUAAGUCUUGCCCUGGUUUCAACUGGAAUCAUUGUAGCUGUACUAUAAUCCACAUAUGUGUGUUUUAUUUAAUCUCUAAAAGUUAAAAAAAAUCCCCUCAAAUCCAUCCUCAUUUCUCUCAUUUCCAAAUUGUAGUAGAGAAUGUGGAGUGUGAAGACACCCCCUCAAUACACCACAUACCACCAGCUGAGUUACCAAGUUGCUUUUGUAAACAGACCCGAAGAGUAAAGCUGUGUUAAUGAGCUCCUGUAGCUCUCAGGGCUGGAAUGUUUACCUAGUUUAUCACCUAACCUUUCAGCAAGAUCCUCUCAUAUUUAUAACAGCAAAACAACAAUAACAACAAGAAAAAACUUUAAGAGAAUGUAGUGUAUUGUUAAUGUCUAUUCAGUUUUAAAUCUUUUUAAAAUGGAAAAUUUCUUUAAAAAUGUAAAAUUGCUAAGAUCGAUUUACACGUGCAUACAAACCUCAAAAAGUGAACACAGAAAACAUUGUGUAAAGGAGUAUUUUGUCCUUCGAGGGCAUGAGAGACAAAACCUAUUACUGGUGAAUUCUUCACAUAUUUAAAGAAUAGAUAAUUUUUGUGCUAACAAAUUUGUUUUAACACUUGCCAGAAGAUAGAAAACAUUCAUUUAUGAUUCAGAAAACUUGACAAAGCAUGAAAAAGGAAAUAAAGUCCCAACCUAGCUGUCCGGGCUGCUUGGACGCUUGUCACUUCCCUUCCUCUGCUGGGGAUUUUUCUUGUGAGUUGAAUUUCCAGCUUCCCAAGGAGCCUGAGGAGCAGAAGAGCUUUUGCCGGCAUCCUCCACAGUAAUGGGAGUAAGAAUAGAGAUCUAGUCUCUGUUGGGUCAGAAACAGAGCUGGGAGUGAGAAGCUUCUGGGUGAUGGAUCCUGGGCUGGCCACGCUCCCUGCAGUGGGCUGACUCAGUACAAGGCCCUCUCCUCCAGCUGGUGGUUCUGGGGAAACUGGGACUUUGGGGCUCGAAAUAAUCCCAUGUGAUUUUGCCAAAAGGGAUUCCUAGAAUCUGAGAAUGUACGUGUUGGAAGAAAACUCACUGUGGGGUCUGACCCUGUCCUGAGCUUUAUAACUACCCACCAAGUAAUUGCACCUGUGGUUACACUCUACCAGUGACCAGUGACAUGGACCUCACUGUGCUCCAAAGCAUCUACGUCAGUUUUGGAGGACUCUGACUAUAGGAAAUUCUCCUCUAACGUCAGCUGUCAAAACCUGCCUCUCCUAUUUGCUCAUUACAGACAUGAUUCCUUGUCCACUCAAUGGCUCUUCCAGUGGGAUUUAGAGCAGAGCAGAGGUAGACCGCAGCGGCCGGUACAGCUGAUCUUUGCUUUUCCUAAAAGCCUCAAUUUCACACCAUCCUAUAAUUUCCUGGGCACAUGCCACCUUUACUGUCUCUGAUUCCUAUCUCAUCUGGUAUUGUCCCAAAGGGCUAGGGAGGUUGGAAUCACAUUUUCCAGCACCAACCUACUGUACCCCUAAUCUCCUGGGAAAGGAAUGUCCAUAGAGGUGAACACACUGUCUUUGCUGGGCACUCACUCUCUUGAUCCCAACAGAUUUCCCCAAAGUCUAGGGUGGCAGUUUUCUGGUCCACAUGGUUAUUGCCCACACAGGUGAGACUGGGGUUGGGCUAGCUCAGGGGUAGGCUCAGAGCCUGGUCUCAAUGUCCCUCUGCUCCAGGUUCCUGGGGAGGCCCUUAUUCACCUAGGUCACAUUCAGAUCUUCUGUGGUCCCUGUGACCCUGGUGCUCCAGAGUGACAUUGUACCAGCCUGAUGUGGUAGAUGGUUAACUGGCCAGGAUCUGGGGAAGGGACAUGGGCUCUGGGGCAGGAGGGAACAAAAGUUAUAAUUGCAUUUGUAGAGCAUGGUACUCACCCAUUAUUGUGUGGAUUCAGAGCGGCCAUCUGGCAAGGCAGGGCAUUUCACAGCCAAAGAAACUAAGACCUAGAGGGGUGAAACAGUUUGCCAAGAUUAUACAAUGAGAAAGUGAUACCGAAUCUCAGUUUUAGAGAAGGAAAGGCAGCCAGUCUGUUAAUGCUGGAACCCUAGCUGUCACCACACACAGCUGAAAUCACAUCUGCUUCCCUCCACACACAUUAUCAGAUCCUUCACAACCUCCAUAGCACUUGGGGGGAUUAAUCAAACUUCCUGGGCAAAUACCCUCCAUGUGCAGAAUUUUGAAAGAAGCUUCUGAAAACUGGCUUGAGACUCUUAACCCUCUCUCGCCCACAUUUGGAGAUGGGAAGAGAAUUUCUUUGGAGAGAGCUGUGCUGCCAUGAGUCCCCUUCUAACCUAAUAGGUGCCUGCCUUUCACCUCAACAUGGUGAGAGGGGCUUCAGUGAGACCAUGCAGAGAGCCGGAUGUAUGUCCCCUGCAGCUUGGGGAUGCACUGGACAGGUGUCUGAUUUAAAUCUGAGAAACUGAAGGGGAGAAAUGCUGCUGAAACAUCCUAUAGUAGAAAAGUAUUGGCUUCCAGUUGAGAAGAAAUUGCAAAAGCAUCCGUGAGUCCAAUGAACACGUUUUUCAUCAACUGCAAGUAGGACCUUAAAAGAACUUUGACAAGAGGUGCGUCUGGAGAGGCAAGAGAAUUCCAGCAGAGAGCGUCUAUGGGGAAAUGAACCAGCCAAGACAAGCAGCCGAAGACAAAGACAAAGAUGGCCUUCCUGAGAGUGUGUCACCUCACUUGUCAGGACUGUGUGACAAGGUAGGUGAGAUAUGUCCAGUGUGUGAGAAGAGAGGUAUACAAGGAAACUGCAAGCACCCUGUGAGAGGAUCAGCCGAAACACUGUCACGCUGGAGGACCCACGUGCUUCAUCUCCACUACAGGAUGAGCCAAGGAAAGUCAGCCCUGUAGCCUCCAACCUCCAUCCUCCUUACUACUCCUCACUGCCUCCCUGUCCUUGUAGAGCGGGGAGAGAGCUUGGUCUUCUUGCCAUUCUCUGUGAUCCCUGUGGGCCUUUGCCAGGGAGCUGUGCCCUGGUCUUUGGGUCUGACUCUCUGCCUCUGCUACCUCUGCUGCUGAGGCAGUGUGGGUGACACUGGUGAUGUGCUUGGUCCCUGCCACAGCUUCCUCCACAGUGAGGUCCCUGAACUCUGACCCUUCUUAUUCUGAACUCAGGUACUUUCUGGCCCAUGGCCCCUCUCAGCACCUUAUCUCACCUGUAGGAGCCCACAAGAACUUCUGGACCUCCCUAACAUGGAACACAAGCUAAGGGUGAUUUGUAGCCCUUCUAGGAGCCCUUUAAGGUCCCAACACACUGUGGCCCAAUUUACUAAACGUGGAUCCCUGGGAGGAGGCACUACCCUCCCAGAUAAGGGAGGAGUGGGGCCCAGCGUCUUCUGCUUUUGCGUCCCUCCUCAUCCUGUCUGGACUUCCCAUCACCUGGCUUGCUCUUCACCAGCCACACAGCUCUCUUAUGCUGAGCCCCUUGGGAAUGGCAUGUCACAUUUCUUUUAUGUUUUAAUUACAAUCUCAUUCUUAAUGCAUUUAAAAAUAAUUACUUAACCCAGAAAGAUAUAUAAAACCACUCUCAUAUUCUGCCUGGCAUCUUUUUAGUUUGUGACUUGCCAAAUGAACUCUAUUCCCUUAGUCUACAGUCUUUGGUUUUGGAGCAAACAAAUCUCUUUUGUUCUAUCAAUAAAAUAUGGCUCUUGCCUAUUUUGGAAGU